UGGUAAUGGUCUCCACCAGUUAUGUGGUGUUAUAGGGCCCUGGAUAUAUCCACCCACUCACCAAUCGUCCGGGUGUUUUAAUAUAACCUCACAAUAUAAGUUCUAAAUGUGCCGAGAUUAAAUUUGAUAAAAUUAUCACUUUUACGUUAGUGGACUUUUUGUUGUAAGACGAGCAAUGAAGUGGUAGAAAUCCUUUACAUCAUGAUUCGAAACGUAGUCAUCGGUGGAGGGACUGGAUUUAUUGGAAGUGCUCUAUCCAAGCUUCUGCGACGUGAAGGCUAUGGAGUGACCGUCGUUUCUAGAGUACCGGGUCCUCAAAGAAUAUCUUGGGCUGAUUUAGGUAAAAAUGGCCUGCCCCCCGAGACUACAGCUGUAGUAAAUUUAGCGGGUCAAAAUGUUUUAGACCCCACCCGCAGAUGGACGAAAGGAUUCAAACAGAAUGUAUGGGCAAGUAGAGUUAAUAGCACUUCUUCCCUAGCUGAAGCAAUAAUUGAAGCCAAAGCUAAGCCAAAGGUUUUCAUUACAAUUUCUGGAGUAGGUAUUUACAAGCCUUGUGCCAGUAAAGAAUACACAGAAGAUUAUGAAGGAAAACCAUUUGACUUUUUAUCUAAUUUGUGUCAUGAUUGGGAAGCUGCAGGAAAUCUUCCAAUAGAUAUAGGUGUGCGAAGGGUGAUACUUAGAUCUGGUGUUGUUCUAGGUCGAAAUGGUGGUAUGGUGAAACAGUUGUGGCUUCCGUUCUAUUUUGGAAUGGGAGGGCCAGUUGGUGAUGGAAACCAAUUUCUUCCAUGGAUUCACAUCGAUGAUAUUACUCGAUUAAUUCUUUUUGCUAUAGAAAAUGAGAGUGUCAAAGGUGUCUUGAAUGGUGUAUCCCCAGAGAUUAUCACAAAUAAGCAAUUUUCAAAAGCUCUAGCUCGAGCCAUGUGGCGCCCAGCAUCUAUACCUGUGCCAGUAUUUCUAUUGAAUUUAGCUUUCAGUGAAGAGAGAGCUAAAAUGAUGACAGAAGGACAAAAAGUUAUUCCGAAACGAACUCAAGCUUAUGGUUUUAAAUACUGUUAUCCUGAUGUACAGACUGCAUGUCAGAGUCUAGUUAGAAAUGCAAAGUAAACAAUUUACAGAUCAAUUUUUGUAAGUGUAUGAUAAUAAUUUUAAGGAGAUCUUUUAAAUGAAACUUGUCAGAAUGUAGCAGCAUAUGUAAUUAAUUUAUUUGUUUCCAAAUUAAUUUAGUGUUUAAAUUUAUUUCUUCCUUAAUGCAUGCAACUGUGAAUGUUGAAAAACUUCCCUGGAAUAUCCAUUAAGCAAUACUCACAAUUCAUUUUUAAACUGUGAUAUUUUCAUCUUCAGCACAAAGAAAACAAUUAUACAAAAAAACAUACCUUUUAUGGAUUAACAUUUAAAGCUAAAAUGUAGUUUGUUGUGAGCACAAACAAAGUAUGAUUGCUUGCAUGAGCACCCAUUAUUUCUGCAUUAUCACUAAGAGCAACAAGUUGUUGCUGGGCAGUGUGUGAAACUUUCUGACCUGUUCGUCUAUUUCUUAAUUCACCCUGCUCAUUAGUUGGCUGUCUAUAUACAUAUACAUGUCGGUUAGCAUCACAAAUUGCCACGUAUGACAAAUCUGAAAAAAAUAUGGAAAAUAAAAGAAAAUGAAAUUCACAGGACGUUGAUCAGAAAUUGCAAUUGGUUACCACAGUGAAAUAUUUCAUUGAUUAUUUUCAUUACCGCUCCUAAUAUAAGGUUUGUUUGGGCAAUUUAUGAAUUCUCACAACUUUGAAGAGCAUUCUCAUACCUUGAUAAAACUGAACAUUGAACAUUUUAAAUACAAAGUGUGUGAAGGAAAUAGGAUGCACAUGUUUAUAAAGAAAUAAUGAAUAAUCAAUUAACCCUGCUGCAUUGUCCAAGCUUUUUUUUGACUCGUCUGAUUUACAUUCAACUUAAACUUUUCCCUUUUGUUUAAGGGAUGUAAAUAAUAUAUAAAAGUAUAGUAUAAUUUUAAAAAAAAGUUUGCUCAUUACAUAAUUAUGCAUUACACUUUUUGAGGCUCAACACACAAGUUGUUCGGGUCCUUUUUGUCCUUAUUUGUAAUUGGACAAAACUGAAACCUCUUUAUUGUCCUUUACCAUAAUUUGCAGGUUGAAAGUUGGUUUCAACUUGACCUAGCUGUAGGUAUGUUUUGAGAAAUUUAGUCUUUGAUCAGUAUUUUUAUCUAUAUCCUGUGAGUUAUGAGAACUGAAAACAAUGAGUUCAUAAUUAAAGUACUUGUCUUGUUGGGAGGGACAACAACAACCGAGAAAACAAUAAAUAGAUAACAAGAUAAAACAAUAAAUUUGGCAUUAUUUCUUGGGUAGGAAUCAUUUGAUGAAGUGUUCCGAAACUUAUAUAUCACCAUCUCAUGAUGGUCUCCUUUCCUUCCAGCUCAUGACCUUAAGAAGUAUGUUCUCUACAUUUCAAUUACCAUAAAUGGCAAAAUACAAUUUAGAGAACCACUUUAAGUUCAGACACCUCAAUAUUUUUGAAAUAAUUUUUAAUUGUUAGCUUGGAAUUAAAAGUUACUAGUAUAUUUAUUUGUUAUUUUACUGCUUUGGUGCAUUCCAUGCUAAAGCGAAC